AUGAUAACAAAGAUUGUGUUAAUUCUCAUUAUUGAAGGAAUUUUUUGCAACGAUACCAGAAAGAGACUUAUUACAUUGCUGAGAACUGAUCAGAAAUUCCAUGAUCAAUGGAUGCAUCUUGUUGAACUACAACAUCGGCAGGUGUAUGAGCAAAAUAUCGGUAGUGCAUUGGAAGAAGUUACAGAUUUGGUACUGAAUUGUGCACCAAAGUUAGAUCCUAAAUUGGAUCACGUAGAUUAUGUAUGUCCAGCCGAUAUACAAUUUUACGCCGAAUUAGGACAGUUAACACGAUAUUGUAAUGAUAGUAUCAUUGAAUUGAUUAAAGGUAAAAUGGAUUCAUGUCAUCAUGCCAGUUAUACCAGUUCAUUGCCAUCAAUUGUUAAAUUUUUGAUGAAAUUCAUUCGAAAUUUAACAAUUAUUGAAACAUCAAAUGCAACAAAACUUAAAAAUCAAACGCUAUAUUUGGUGGAACAAUUUAUGGAACAUAGAAAUUGGCGAAAUAAAUGGAAAUUGAUUGUUAUUAUGCCAAAUAUAGAGGAUGGUGAAUUACGAGAGCCAGAGCAAUCAGCAAUUGAAGUAAUGAAAUCAAUUAAGUUAUUAUACGAAGUAAUACCACAACGGACUAUUUUGAUUGUGGUACGAAAUUCCAAUUUACAACUCUGGCAAGAUGCAUCAAAAGCGCAUCGUGCAUGUCAAACACUAUUGGAGCCAUGGAAAACUUAUGAAAAUUUAAAUUCCAUUUCUAUUUGGGAUCAAGUUGAGAAAAUUUGUGGACUACAUUUUCAAAGUUCAUUAUUUACCGUACAAAUAUUACCGCUCAUGAAGCAUGCCUCAUUACCAUUUCUAGCUGGUUCUAAUCAAAUUGACUUAUCAUUGCUUGGUCAUGAUUGUGUGCAUCUUUCACCGCGUGGUUUAUCACUCCUUCAUAUAGCAAUAUGGAAUGCGAUAUUAACAAGAUUACCGGAUCGUUCGCAAACAUUUAAUUUCACUUUGGAACAACCAAUUUGCGCCGAUCCACAAUGUCCAUUCAUACGUACCAGUAGGAAUAGUGCCUUCUGUGUUUGGAAUCAUCAAAAAAAAGAUAAAGAUGAUCGUCAUUCGGAGCAAAUGAUUUCGAUUACUGUAUUAAUCAUAUCAAUGAUAUUAUUUGUGAUAGUUCUUGGUACCAAUUGCUGUUGCAGAAGACAUCAUAAUAAAGUUAAUGAAUUAGCAGAAAAUUUGCCCAAAAAACCACCGGUAGGCGCUAAUUGGACUUCAUGGAAAUAUAUAGAUGAGGAAAGUAUCACAUCCUAUAAAUCCUAA